AUGCCACGAGGCCCGAGGGAAGAGACUCUCACAAAGCUGGAUGCAAUAUUCAAGGCAUUCUGGUGCAGGCUCGAAGAGAGGCAACAGCGUGCUGGCAUGCAAGGCUACGCACCUCCGGCGGCUGAUUCAAAGUGCCAAAAUAAGCGUGCACCGGGGGCCCAUAAACGGGUAACCUCCACACUGCGACCACACACCACCGGGGUCUCCCGUUACUCAUCACCCGCACAAGCACUGACUCACACUAAGAAGCGGAGGACAGUCCGCAAUCCAGCUGUAGCAGUCCCACAUCGAGGCAACCACAGGAGGAGACCCACUACAGCACAGGCGACUCAACUAAAGUGCCACAUACAGCUGCAGCCCAACAGGCAAAUCAUUACAGCACUGCUGAAAGCGAAGAGGUCGGCUGGACACUACCGCCAACAGCACAACACGAACCCUUUGAGGGAUCUUGUACAUCACAAGGCAAAGCACCAAGGAGGAGGGUCGCUGUCCCAGGCUAUGGCCAACACCAUACCACAAGCUUGCACUCACCGGAGCUCACCAGGGACAGACAAAGCCUUGCACCCCCCCUGCCUGACUGGACGUUUCGCUGAUCGGGACUGUGUAGACCCACUAAAAGGCAUCGGUUAG